GAGGAGGGCGACUUGUUCGGGGGAAAGACGGAGCCGCGGUGCUGUCAAUCACAAUUUAGGAACCACGGGAGAAGUAAACUGGUAGGAAAAGCUCGGCGACGGUUGUUUUUUUGUAAUCUAGCGCGGUGUGUACCAGCCACAAUCCGCUUUCAAACUAUGAGCCGGGGCACGGCGCGGUGGGACGUUCAUGGACCCAUCCCGCCAGCCGGGAAUCGCAGCACUUAGUCCGGGUUGACCUGUUCUAUCAGCGCGAUGUGUUCCGUGUAAACACUGCAACUACAUUGUUUUUUUCUUCACUCCAUUCGGUCUUGUUUGUGCAUGAACAACUUCACUAUUUCAGCAUUUAUUUGAGGCGCAACGAUCAAAUCUGUAACCUCGACGUUUUUUUUAGAGAACUAAAACUGUCUGCCGACUUUUUCUGGCACAGGAGGACACUCCCAAAAGGCUCCGCGGAGCUCCAUUCUCUUCCCGACGAAACUCCCAGAAGGGAUCCGGCGAGGGAGCAGCCAUGAGCGGGGGAGAUGUGGUGUGUUCAGGGUGGCUGCGAAAGUCUCCUCCGGAAAAAAAGUUACGACGUUACGCAUGGAAGAAACGGUGGUUUAUGCUUCGCAGUGGCCGUUUGACAGGCGACCCGGACGUGUUGGAGUACUACAAGAAUGACCACGCCAAGAAGCCCAUUCGUGUGAUUGACCUCAACUUGUGUGAGCAGGUGGAUGCCGGGUUGACGUUCAACAAGAAAGACUUGGAGCACAGCUUCAUCUUCGACAUCAAGACCAUCGACCGUGUCUUCUACCUGGUGGCUGACACGGAGGAGGAGAUGAAUAAGUGGGUACGCUGCAUCUGCGACAUCUGUGGCUUCAACCCCACCGAUGAAGAGGCUGCGAAAGCUGCCCACCAGUCAGCCAUCGGGGGUCUGGUGGUGGACACCCCGCCGCACCCGGCGCUCGGUAACAUCCUGGGCCCGGCAGCGGCGGUGCUGUCCAGCGUGCCGCCGCCCUACCAGCCGGUCAGCGUGCGGCAUCUGGACUCCCAGUCCAGUACGGAGGACCUCCCGGAUUACUUAUGGCUGGUCAACUGUGAGAGCAAAAAGCCCGAACCCAACAGAGCCCACGCCGAGUGUUCCAAGUCUACCUCCUCCGAGACGGACCUGAACGACAACGUCCCCACUCACCGCACGCCCACGUCCUCCACGUCCUCGGCCAAACAUACCUCACACAACGGCUACUUCCCGCAGCACCCGGCCUCCGCCUCGUCCCUCUACGACUCGCCGCCCUCCCGCGGCGCCUCCCUCUUAAGCGACAACGGGCUGUACCACCUUCCCCGCAGCUACUCUCAGGACACCGUGCUCCUCCCCAAGUCGGCCUCCUCCCCCACGGCCCACCCGGACGGCAGCGGCGACGGCUCGGAGCUUUACGUCUUCAACACGCCCUCACGCAAACCUUCCAUGGAAAGGCAAAUGCGUGACUUUUCCAUUAGCUACGACAUCCCGCCGACACCCGGCGCUAACUCCACCUAUCAAGUUCCCCGCACCUUGUCCUCUGCGGGGGUGGGGGGCUCAGAGGGGGAUGUAAUGCCCCCACCCAGGCCGCCCAAGCCUUCGCUCAGCUCCUCCUCGGGGCUGCCGCCGCCCCCUGCUGAGCGUUCACCGACAGACAAUUACUUCGUGCCUCGCUCGGCCUCAGAGACCGACGGAAACUACUGUGUGCCUACUAGUGCUGGGACUAAAGCUUUACGCAGCAACACCAUUGGAACGGUGGACUGCUCGCGCAUCCGCAAAGAUUUCGCCUCCCAGGACUGUUACGACAUUCCGAGAUCAUUCCCAUCUGACAAGAGUUGCUCGUUUGAUUUCAACGAGAGCUUCAACAGCUACUUUAAAAAUAAAGGAAUGAUGCCAGUGGGCAGCCAGUCCACCGAGGAGGUAGACCAGAACUACGUACCCAUGAGUGCCAAUUCCCCGUCGCACCACCACUCGGGCAGCUUGUCGGAGCCCGUGCACGAAACCAACUACGUGCCCAUGACCCCGGGCACCAUGGAGUUCUCCUCGCUGGGGAAGCAAGUCCCGCCGCCUGCCCACAUGGGCUUCCGUUCCAGUCCCAAGACCCCCCCUCGGAGGCCCCUGUUGAGCGACUGCCAGCCGCCGCCUGUUGACCGGAAUCUCAAACCGGACCGCAAAGGUCAAAGUCCUAAGGUAAUAAGAGAAAAAGGAGUCUGUUUAGAGCGAACCGACUCCCAAACCGUAGGGGAAUUUCCAAGGGGACGACGCAAGGGAAGACCAGCUCCAUUGGAGAUUAAACCACUGCCAGAAUGGGAGGAGCCAUCCACGCCGGUCCGCUCGCCCGUCACUCGGUCCUUCGCUCGGGAUCUCUCUAGGUUCCCCAUGCCCACCAGACCCCCGUCAGUGCAUAGCACCGCCUCCAGCACUGACUCCGAGGACAGUGAUGAGAAUUAUGUAGCCAUGCUCUCUAAUAUGAAGAACCAGUCAGAUGAACCAAACACAAAGCUGGGCGCUCCGAUGACCGUGGAUGGUGGGAGUAGUCCCAUGGUGAAGCCAAAGGGAGACAAACAGGUGGAGUACCUGGAUUUGGAUCUGGACUCCGGCAAGUCUACUCCACCUCGGAAGAUGAAGAGCAAUGGAUCCGGCAUGGCGGCGUCGGACGAGCGCGUGGACUACGUGGUCGUGGACCAGCAACGGACGCAAGCCCUCAAGAGCACCCGCGAGGCGUGGAACGACGGCCGCCAAUCCACAGAGACGGACACAACCUCCAAAGGAAGCAAGUGACCCUGACCCGUGACACCCCCGCCGAACCUCCGAACCACUUCUGUACUCCAGUCUCCGGCGCGCCGUCGCCACUCCACCGUCUUUGUAGUUCGCACUGCUGGCAGGUUUUUUUAAUGGAAUAAGCAGCAGGUGGACUGGACUUGUUUUUUCCUGUGGGGGGGGGGUGCUUAAAAGACUUUCAUAGGACCACCACCAAGUCGACAUUUCCUGAAAUAAAUCCUUAAACAAGACCACCAACCCUUUACUAGUUAGCACGUGUAGCUUGCAGGCUCACCUUUUCUCAUCACCACUUAUAUCUUGACGACGGCAGAAAGUGAUUGUGACUUUUUUUUUUUUUUUUUUUUCCCUCCCCCUCCCCAAUGUAGAACAAAAAGAAAGACAGAACUUGCAGGUGUUCACAAGUGUUUCAAGUCUGGAGUUCCGAAAAAAAAAGAAAAAGUGUUAUGUAAAUAUCAAACCCGGAGUUGGUUCGUACGGAUUAUUUAGCACAUGGGACUGGAAGGUGUGCGGAUUCUGCAGGGUAGAAUCCUGCUCCGGUCUCCAUCCAGCGCGUUACUGUGAGCUUUCAAGAAGGCUUUUUCUACAAGUUAUGCAAAGCUAUCAAACUUUAAAGGCAGAAUGAGAGAGAGAGAGUGAUGAAAUCAGGUACUUUUUUUUUUUUUAUAUUUUUUUUUAAGAAUGCUUACUAAGUGUACAACUCACAAUCUAAUUUAUUUCUCAGUCUGGUCAGUUUGUUUCAUGACUUCCAUCAAUUUUUGGGGAGGGGGGGGAGGAGGGUCUUUGCAUCUUUUGCCUUACUAACCUGUGAAUUCCCACCCGGAACGUUCCCAUAUUACAUGUGCUGUCAUCGCUGUAUAUAUUUUUCUUUUGUUUAGUUUUUUUUUGCCAUGGAUUUAGAUUCAAAUGUAUCAUUUUUUGACAAUGUGCCUACUAAAGUCAUCUACUUUACACUUUUUUUUUUUUUUUUUUUUUGCAGUUUCUGCAAAAA